UUUUUAGUGUCGGAUGAUUUGAUGGUUCCAAUGCGCGUAUUUGUGUACAAUAUAUUGUUUAGCUUUACGUAAAAAGUAAAUAAUUGUUUAUGAUAAUAAACGCGUUCUUUAUAGUAUGGUUAAAAUUUUAAAUGAUUCAGAUUAUUUAGAGCUCUCAUUCAAGUCGGUGUGUGAAUCGUUAUGCUGGUAGACGGCUAUGAGAUCUGCAGUGAGUGUUUUUUAUUUUGUAAUUUUACAAGUCUUAUGGAUCUUCCGGUCACUGUAUGACGCAAUGAUGCCCGAAAGAAAUUUAAACAAUGACAACUUUACAAAGACAACGACGCAAGAGACAGACACCGAAACCAAUAAAAGACGCCAUUUGAUCCACCUAUUUACCACAACUCCCAAAGAACAAAACGGCAGACCUGUGUGCUACAUGCACGUAUGUGAAAUUAUAACUCCUCAUGAAGAAGAAAUGCUGAGAUGUGCGUGUGCCAAAGGUGCUUCCACCGCCACAUUUCUCUACAACAAUAACGAACAAUUUCCUCCUACAAGUCGGAUUUCGAGAGCCACGUUCACCAACGCAUGGAUGGAAUCCUUUUCUUUAGUAAUGUAAAAUUACCAAAAAUGUAUGAAAUAUGAAAUCGAAUAUAAAAAUUUUAAUUUCGAAGUUGCGGUACUUAGAAUAUCUCUUGUAAAUGUUUACAACGUUGUGUCCUGUCAACAUGUAGCGCGCAAGCGUUGAAUAAUUUACCACUUAAUAAGAGGAACGUUUUUAUACUAUGUACUGUUAAGUAGAUCGGUCUAAUCUUUAAAUAAUUUAUUUAUAGCCGUUCAUUCGUGAUUUUCCAAAAUGAACGGAAUAACAUUUAAGUACUUGAUAUUAACACUUUUGUUUAACACUUUCAGUGCUAAUAAAGUUAAAGACGGUAAUUUUACACCGAUCGUUUUGUGGCAUGGAAUGGGAGACAGCUGCUGUUUUUCAUUCAGUUUAGGAGCAGUAAAAGAAAAAUUGGAAGAAAUUUUACCGGGUGUUCAUGUUGUUUCACUACGAAUCGGUUCUUCGGAAGUAAAUGAUGUUGAAAAUGGAUAUUUUCUGCACCCCGACAAGCAAAUUAACAUGGCUUGUAAUUUAAUACAGGCCGAUCCUCUGCUAUCUGAUGGUUUCAACGGCAUUGGAUUCUCACAGGGAGCCCAAUUUUUGCGCGGACUGUUACAACGAUGCCCAAAAGUCCAUAUAAAGAAUUUAAUUUCGUUAGGAGGCCAACAUCAGGGUGUUUACGGCUUACCCAACUGUGGUUCCUUAUCACAUUCGAUUUGUGAUUACAUCAGAAGACUGUUGAAUCACGCUGCUUAUUUGGAGUGGGUUCAGAAAGCUCUAGUUCAAGCCACAUACUGGCACGAUCCACUUCAUGAGCAAGAAUAUAAAAAUUACAGCACAUUCUUGUCCGACAUAAACAACGAAAUCACAAUUAAUGACGAAUAUGUUCAAAGACUACAAACCUUGGAUAAUUUUGUCUUAGUCAAGUUUGAUAAUGACACCAUUGUUGAGCCAAGAGAAACGGAGUGGUUCGGGUUUUAUAAGCCAGGGCAAUCGUCGAUGAUUCAGACUUUGAAGGAAUCGCCGAUUUAUACCGAAGAUCGUCUGGGCUUACGAAAGCUGGAUGAAGAUUCGAAACUUCACUUUUUGGGAGUGAUUGGGAAUCACCUGCAAUUCGAGUGGGGAUGGUUUCAGAAAAAUAUAAUCGAUCCUUAUUUAAAAAACUAGUUUUAUUCACUUAUAUUUAGAAACUUAUUAAUUGCAAGUAAUCUAAAAAGACAAAUUUUUGUAUAUAUUUUCGACGUAUUUUGCCCAAAGACAAAAUAAAUUUAUCCUUAAAU